AAAGAAAAGAAAAGAAAAGAAAAAGAGUCACCACUCACCACGCGUUUUGCAUUAUGAUGAUUUCGAGUUGUAGGCAAAGAUUUGGACAAAAAAGCCUGACAGACACGAAAUUAUAGUAACAUUUCUUUUCUUUUCUUUUCUUUUUUUUUUUAAUUUUAUUUAUUUAUUUAUUUUUACUUUUACUUUUCUCUCUUAUCAUUUGCAUUGUCCGGCUGCCUCCCUCGGUCUCUCCUUCUUGGCCGGCUAAAGCCAGACCCUUCCCAUCUGCCCGUCACUUCACUUUUGUUUCCCACUCUUUGUUUUUUCACUUUGACCCACUUUUAUUUUCUUUUUUUACAUUAUAUAAAAUACUAAUAUUAUUUAUAAUCUCAAAAAAAAAAAAAAAGUAAACCAGAAGGAGAUUCUGUUACAUUUAACCCCCCUCACCUUAGUUUUGUUUCUCUGUCGUGAUCUGUGCAUUCUUUUCCGUACCAUUAAACAUAUUUAGUCUCCUUUUUUCAACAAUAGGAAGCUCGGGUGUUUUUUUAUUUAUUUUAUAGUAUGUUUUGCUUUUAAGUGUAUAGUUAAUUGUAGUUUAGUAGCAGUAAUAUAUAAUCCAUGAAGAAAUGGGCAUGGCAAUGGAGUUCCGGCUUUCGUUGAAGGAAGACAAGGCAUUUGGGGGUUUUUUUUUAUUAGCUGUAAAGUUCCACUGUUGCCCACUCGCCCCCAUUUGACCUCUGUCUCUGUGUGUUUCUCCUUUUUCUUUGUCCUCUUUCUUUCGUUCUUUCUUUUUUUUAAAUAAAAGAAGAAAAUUUUAAAAUUUAAUCUUUAUGAAGAAUUAUAGUAAUAUGCUUCUCGUUUUAAAAAUUUGAUUCUCGGGCGAUUUUUCCUUCUGCGGGGAAGGCAUUUGUUAUAAGACCCCAAUUCAAAGUUGGGGUCUUUCCCUUUCUCUCUCAGUCAUGGCACCUGCCAAGGUUUCUGGGUUUCAUAGACAAGGAAAUGACUGGUUUUGCAAUGCAGGGUUGCCAAGUGAUAUAGCCAUUAUUGUGGAUGGUAUAAACUUUCAUCUUCAUAAGUUUCCUCUUGUGUCAAAAUGUGGGAAGAUAGCUUCCAUCUUUGAAGAACUCCAGAGUGCUGAUGAUAAUUCUUUUACCACAAAGCUUGAAGAAUUCCCUGGUGGUCCAGACAUUUUCUUGUUUGCAGCAAAAUUCUGCUAUGGCACUCGGGUUGAAUUUACAGCGAGAAAUAUAAUGUCAGUGUACUGUGCAGCAGACUACCUUGAGAUGACAGAUGAGUAUGGGGAAGAUAAUUUACUUUCCAAGGCAGAAAGUUUCUUCCACAAAAAUGUACUCCGCAACUGGAAGGAUUGUAUAUUGGCUUUACAAAGUUCUGAAUCAUGCCUGCCAAGGGCAGAGAAGCUCCACGUAGUACAGAAAUGUUUGAAUGCUGUAGCCAUGAUGGUUUGUACAGAUCCUAGUUUGUUUGGUUGGCCCAUGAUGAUGUAUGGUAGCCUACAGAGCCCAGGUGGAAGCAUUCUAUGGAAUGGAAUAAACACUGGGGCAAGAAUACGAAGCGCAGAAUCUGACUGGUGGUUUGAAGACAUCUCGUAUUUCAGUGUAGGUUUAUUUGAAAGACUUAUCAAAACAAUGGAAGCAAGGGGCAUAAGACCUGAACAUCUAGCAGGUGCUAUAAUGUACUACGCAAGAAAGUAUCUACCAGGUUUGGGCCGAUGGCACAGCACACAGAGUGGCAAAGCGAGGACAGUGGCGAGUUUUAGCUUGACCCCUGCCACUGUUGAUCAGAAGGUUUUACUGGAAAGCAUUGAAAGGCUUCUCCCAAAAAAGAAGGGCAAGUCCUUCUGCCGCUUUUUACUUGGACUUCUUCGUGUUGCAUUGAUACUAGGUGUAAAUCAAACAUGCCAGGAUUCAUUGGUGAGGAGAAUAGGGAUGCAACUGGAACUGGCUAGCCUAGAUGGUCUUUUAAUUCCUUCUUACUCCGAUUCUGAUACUCUAUAUAAUACUGAUUGUGUUGAACGGAUCAUCCAUCAUUUUGUGUCCUCAGAAUCAGGGUUAACAUUAUUUUCACCACCAUCAUUGGACCUAGAAACAUCACCGUCAUCCGAGCCCUUAAGAAAAGUUGCUAGAUUAAUAGAUAGCUAUCUUGCAGAAGUUGCUUCUGAUGUAAAUUUGAAACCAGGAAAGAUACGAUCUCUUGCUGAGGUCCUUCCAGAAUCUUCAAGACCAUUGCAUGAUGGGCUAUACAGAGCACUGGAUAUUUAUUUCAAGGCACACCCUUGGCUUUCUGAUAGAGAGAAGGAAGAACUCUGCAACAUCAUUGACUACCAGAAACUCUCUGUUGAUGCCUGUGCCCAUGCUUCCCAAAAUGAAAGGCUUCCACUUAGAGUCAUUCUUCAAGUCCUGUUCUUUGAGCAGAUGCACUUAAGAACAGCUCUAGCUGGCUGUCUGAAUGUUUUGGAAGCUGAAAGUGCUCCUACAGGUCAUGGGACUGCCACAGCAGAGAUGGCUGGUCAUGUCACUGCCACAAGUGAGACAGCCGGCCAGAUUGUGCAAAGAGAUGGAUGGGUGACAGUUGUACGUGAAAACCGAGUUUUAAAGGUGGAUAUGGAAAAGAUGAGGUCUAGAGUUGGGGAACUUGAAGAGGAAUUUAGUAAAAUAAAGCAAGAAAUGAAAAGGGUGACAAAAUCACAUAGCUCUCUGAGUUCCCCUCGCAUAGUUGGAAGAAAAUUUGGAUGCAAGCUUCUUCCACGAUCCUCAGAUGCUCAAACAGAUGUUGUUGGAAGCACAGGACCAACUCCAAGAUCAUCAGUUGAGCAAGCAUGUCCUUCCCGUCAUUCCAAGCAUCGAAAAAGUUUCUCCUUGUUUUGAUAGUUAACACGUGGAAACUAACAUCCAUGUUUCGACAUAUAAACAGUGGGUGGGUGCUAUCUCAAAAGUCACUCCAAAAGAAAAAGAUUGUCUUGUGUUGUACAGGAAAUAGGUUUGAAAUGUGUGAAGAAAAAAGAAAAAGAUUCAUAUCACCUACAAUUUUGGUGUUGACACUUUUCUAAUUAUGAAAUCUUGACCAUUCAUGAUUUUGGGGUUCAUUAAGGUUUAAUGUGGUGGCAUAUUUUCAUGAAUGGUCAAGAUUUCAUGUGAUGUAGAAUUGUAGGAAAUAGGAUUGUAGGUGAUAUGAACCUUUAACACACUCUUCUUUUGAGUUCAUUGAUUGGAUGGGUUGUAUCCAUUAAGGAUACUGAAUAUGUGAGGCUGAUCCCUCCCUGUUAGUGGGGCUUGAGGAGUGUGCCCUACAUGGUUUGGGUUGGAGCCAUCAUAGCAGCAAAUAGGUCUCCUUUUUCUUUCCCUGUUAGAGGAAUCUUAUAAUUAUUGUGUUUAGUCUUCAUCUUUCCUUUACCAUUCCAUUGGUUUACACAAUGUAUAGAUCUGUGAAUCAAGUUGUAAGUUUGUUUAAACAUUCAGUAAAUAUCAAGACAUUCAAGUUACCGUUUGU